CACAGCUCUGAAAUAUAUCGAAUGUAAGCUGUAGAACGGAACUAGCCGUGACAUUUGAUAGACAGAAUUUCGCAAUAAAUUCGCUGCUUUUCGGAAGUCAAAUAAGCAUUACCAUCUUCGGCUCGGAUCGUCCAUACCAUGGCUUCGUCACUAAAGAAAAUGUUGAUCUCGAUGAACUUUGUUCAUGCUACGGUUUCACUGUUGGUUAUUGUAUGUGGCAUAUCGUUUUUUAUUGACGAGGUCAGCACUCUUGAGAAAGUCGCCGGCAGCUUGACUAUUGCCCAAGGAGCUGUUGGACUGAUUCUGUCGAUAUUUUGCAGGGGAGCAGCCAAAAACGAGUCGCUCAACUGUCUAAGAAAUUAUGUGGCUAUAGCAAUGCUGCAAAUAUUCAGCCAGCUACUGCUCCUCUACGAGGCCGCGAAUAGCUCGGUCCGCAUCGGCAGAAUCUUUGAUGACCUGUGGGAAGCGGAUAGGAGGGGCCUGGCAUUGCAACGGCGCCUAGGGUUCUAUGAGAAGUUUUUAAAGUGCUGUGGCGUGAACGGCGCCGACGACUACUCGAAGAUCCACCUUCACCCGCCAAAGAGCUGCUGCAUAGACGAAGAAUCCGAAUUCGACUCGCCCCUUCACCCGUACGGCUGCAAAACCCAAUUCUCUGAUUAUGUCUUUAGCAAAUUACUCCUCCUAAAACUGGCCUGUUGGGUGCUCAUAGUGGUUGGGACUAAUGGGGCCCUAUGCGGGUGGCGGUUGUACAGGAUCGUGAAGAGGCAGAUCCAACGCGACAACGACUGUUUGGACGAAGACUCAAAGGAAAUUUGAAGAGACUUUGAUGUAAUAUAAACUCUUUUACUUAA